CACAAUUCAUUGUGAAACUAGGAUGCAGGGAGGUGGUCAAAUUUGACAACUAUAAAACCUCAAUUUUUCAGGACUGAAAGCAUCAGUCGACAACAGUUACUACUGCUUGUUCCAUCAUCACCAAACAUUACAAAAAUGAAAUCUAUUGUGUUGGCUUGCAUGCUGGUCGCCGUGGCGUUCGCCGCCCCUCAAGACCAACCCACUUCUGAGCCCAUCCCCAUCGUGAAGGAUGACAGCCAGAUCAACGGUGACGGAUCGUACCAGUUUGCCUAUGAGACCGGCAACGGCAUUUCUGCUGAUGCCAAGGGGGAACUGAAGAAGGUCGGAGAUGUCGACGCUCUGGUGGUCACUGGCGAGUACUCUUACCCCGGCGAGAACGGUGAAAAGAUCCUGAUCACUUACACCGCCGACGAGAACGGUUUCCACCCCCAGGGCGACAGCCUGCCCACCCCUCCCCCGGUGCCUGAAGACAUCCAGCGCUCGCUCGACUACCUCGCCACCGCCGCUCCCCCUAGCCAACCCCCAAGCCAGCCCCAGCAAUAGAUUUCAUAUCGGCUGAUGAACAAUACUCAUAGUCACUAUUUAUAGUGAUGUGUAAUUUAUAAUUUUUGUACCGAAAAUAAAGCUAAUCUAACACUCAUUUAAA